AAUUCUUACAAAAAAUGAAUUUCAACUAUGGAAGUUCAUCUUAUAUACCACCUUCUUCUUCUUCUUCAUCUUCUUCUUCAGAUGAUAAUUAUUACGAGGACAUACAAAACCAAGUAGUAUCUCAAAUUACUGCUAACAACAAUUUUCUCAUCACUCAUAACCUAUCUAACUCGGAGGGUUCCCACGGUGGAUCUAUUCCGGGUCAUGUAGUUAUCAACCGUGACCGAGAAACUUCUUCUCGCAAUCUCUUCAGUGAUUAUUUUUCAGAUAAUCCUUUGUUCUCGGAGACGAUGUUCCGACGAAGAUUUCGGAUGAGCCGUCCUUUGUUUAUGCAUAUUCAUGAUGCUAUACAAAGACAUGACAACUACUUUGUCCAGCGAAGAGAUGGUGUUGGUAGACUUGGGUUGUCUGGUCUGCAAAAAAUAACUGCUGUAUUUCGGAUGUUGGCGUAUGGGUUGCCGGCGGAUUCCACCGAUGAAUACAUCAAAAUAGGAGAGUCCACUGCUAUAGAAAGUAUGAAACGAUUCUGUCGUGCUGUUGUCGAGGUCUUUGGAAGUAGUUACCUUCGAACACCUGACGCUAAUGAUGUUGAACGACUACUUCAGAUUGGAGAAAGCCGAGGAUUUCCAGGUAUGUUGGGUAGUUUAGAUUGUAUGCAUUGGAAAUGGAAAAACUGCCCAACAGCUUGGGGAGGACAAUAUGCUGGUCGUAGUGGAUCUCCUACUAUUAUUCUGGAAGCUGUAGCUGAUUAUGAUCUUUGGAUUUGGCAUGCAUAUUUUGGUCUACCAGGAUCUAACAAUGAUAUUAAUGUGUUAGAGGCGUCUCAUCUUUUUGCUAAUUUAGCUGAAGGAACUGUUCCACCCGCUAAUUACGUUAUUAAUGGGAAAAAUUAUAAUACGGGUUAUUAUUUAGCUGAUGGUAUAUAUCCAAAAUGGUCCACUCUUGUUCAAACAAUUCACGAUCCACGUGGUCCCAAAAAACAAUUAUUUGCAAAGAAGCAAGAAGCUUGUAGAAAAGAUGUGGAACGUGCAUUCGGAGUAUUACAGUCACGAUUUGCAAUUGUGGCUGGACCAGCACGCUUUUGGAGUAAGAAAGUGUUACAUGAUAUAAUGACAACUUGUAUCAUAAUGCAUAAUAUGAUCAUAGAGGAUGAACGUGAUGUUGAUGCAACAAUUGAAGAACGAACAGAAGUCCCAGCUGCUGAAGUUGAGAUGACGGGUGAAGAUGAUGCUCGAUUUCAAGAAUUCUUAGCUCGACAUAGAAAAAUUAAGGAUCGAGAAGCGCAUAUUGAACUUCGUAAUGAUUUAAUUGAACACUUGUGGUCUGAAUAUACUAAUUCUGAAAAUUAGUAUGAUGUAUUUUA